AUGAUACCAAUGGGUAGCUACCCCACCAUCUUUCAGGCGGAGAUUCAUGCAAUAGAAAUUUGUGGCAGAGAAUGUCUCAGAAGGGGAACGUCAUCGAAAUAUAUCUGCAUUAUGUCGGACAGUCAGGCAGCCCUACUGGCCCUGAAGUCCCACAAAAUAAGUUCUCAGCUAGUACAUGAUUGCCGCAAUGUCCUAAAUGCUCUUGGUGACAAGAAUACAGUCUUAUUAGGAUGGGUACCAGGGCAUGAGGGACAUGAUGGCAAUGAGGAGGCUGACUGCCUAGCGAAACAGGGAGCUGCCGCAGUAUUUUAUGGUCGGGAACCCUUUUGUGCGCUCACCAAAGCACAUAUAAAGGGGACCAUAAAUAACUGGGUAGACAAAAUGUUCAACAGGCAUUGGAUGGAAUGUCCAGGGCAAAGACAAGCCAAACGAUUUAUCUGCCCUUCAAACGAAGUUUCAAAGAAACUAAUCAAUUUAGGCAGAGAGGACCUCAAAACUCUCACUGGGUACUACACGGGACACUGUUCUCUUCGUUACCACCUCAGUAAAAUCAAUCUUUCAGAAACAAGCGUCUGUCGCUUCUGUGAGCUGGACGAAGAAACGCCAGAACACAUUCUCUGUGAAUGUGAUGCUCUCGCUAGGCGCAGACUAGCCCACUUUGGUGGCGCUACCCUUAAUCCAUUUGAAAUUUGGAACAAAACGCCCUUGGAGGUGCUAGGCUACAUUAAGAGCCUUCCCAUAUAG